GUUGCGUAACUUGCGUCACAGUCCCUUCACGUUUUUCAUGCGGUGACUUGCCUCAAUAAAAACGACAUAUCUUCAAAAAUAUUCUUUAAUUGUGCUUUUGUUGUUGUUGUUUUUUCUUUUUGGCGCCUGCAUGAAAACCACAGUAGUUGAAAUACCGUACACCGUUGCUUGUGAAGUGAGAACAGUACACAGCGGAAGUGUUUGUAAAAGGACAACGUCAUGGACCGUUUGGCUAAUUUACCGAAAGCACUUGAAUGCACCAGCCUUGCAUACAACGGUGGUGCAUUCGGUGAAACAGUCAAUUGGACCGUUCGGCCAAAUAAGACAAUUUGACCCGCGGGUCGCUUCAGUAAAAUGACCUGUUUUAAACGGUGAAAGUGAGUUUGUUAAAGUUUCUAGUCGGUAGUUAGAGCGUCAGGACUAAGCAGCGAAGAAACACCUGGGCAAAAGAGCGUUCAAUGCGCCCCCCCCCCUUCCCUUGUCUGCAUUAUGUCAAAAUUACCAGGCAACGCAGGUGUAUCGCUGCUAGGGGACAAGUCGCUGGACUUUUAUCGGGACCCGGUGCUAUUUUGCCGGGACAAGAUGGAGAAAUACGGCAGCAGAGUGUUUCAAAGUCGUCUGAUGAACAGACCCACCACCAUCGUGUGUUCGGCGCAGGGUAUGAAAGAGCUGCUGUGCGAGAAAUCCAAUGUAUUUCUGAAAGAUCCAACUGAUCUGAUGACCAAUAUGUAUGGUGACACCAUUGUUACCACCAAUGGCGAAGAGGCGUGUCUUCUGCGUCUGUCUUUCACCAGCUUGUUCACAGGAAGUUGCUUAGAAUCCUCAAGUGAUUACAUCACCAGCGUAAGUGAACACUGUCUCAAGGAUCUCGGUCACAGUGACGAACCACAGUGUGUGUACACCACAUUUAAGCAGCUUGGUACAGAGCUGGUUUUGGGUCUUUUUCUUAACGUGCAUGCGGACAAGGAGCCGGAACUCUUUCAGAAAAUCACACAGCUUUGCACUCAGCACUGGCAUGGUCUCAUCUCUGCUCCGGUCAAUGUAAAAGUCCCUCUGUGGUCAUCUGGGUUUUCCGUGGCCUUGGAAGCCAGAGAUCAGCUGAUGGACGUUAUCAAUGACAAACUUAAGAAUGACAGAGAAGGUUUUGUGGGCUCCUUGAGGUCUCUGCCACUGCCCAGUUCUGCGUGCGCUUCCCAGCAUCUCUUGUUGUUCAUCUCAGCCCUCAUUCCGAAAGCUCUGGCAUCACUACUCACGUCAUUCACUGUGGCUCUGAGUGGGAAAGAACAGGAGGAAACUCGAAGACGAGCGCUGAUGGAUGCUGAUUAUCUGGAAUGUGUCUUGCUGGAAGUUCAGAGACUCUGGCCUCCUUUCAUUGGUGGCCGCAGGAUAGCAGAGCAGGACACUACCCUUGCCGGUUUUCAUGUCCCAAAGGGUUAUGCUGCCAUCUAUAUCAGUCAUGCUGUCCACAGGGACCCGCAGGUGUUUGAGAAGCCUGACAACUUUUCUCCAGAGAGAUGGAGCGGGAGGAAUGCAGACCACAAGCACUUCCUUUGUUCCUUCGGCAGUGGAUCUCGAAAUUGCAUUGGUAUGAAACUUACAGACGUCUUCCUUAAGGAAGCAUGCAUGUAUCUCUUAAAACACUAUGACUGGUGUCUGGACCCGCCCUCACAAAACCUGGACUACAAAUGGCUGCCUGUGUCUAGGCCGGCAAACCCCCCCACUGUCUCCUUCACCAAAAUGGAUCUUGACAGAACCAACGAAAACAACACCACGUAGAGAAGGGAAGAGGGAAAUAAAACGGGUACUAAAAACCAUAACGCAUAAGGAGACUGAAGCAAGCCCAAAGAGAUGUCCACUGCUGCUUUUUGGAAAGACUGUGUAGUAUUAAUGUGACUCUCCAAAGUACUGUAAACACAAAACAAGUAGAUUUCUGACUGAUGCAUAAAAUUAUUUAAUAAUAAGGUUAAAUAGAUAGACACGAUUAUAGUUUACUCAAUGUUAUUGUCACCAGAGCCUUUAACAGAAAUAGUGUUUUCCUUAAGCAGAGGUGUUUUAGUUCAUUUAAAAACAGACACACACAUUGAGGUAAACCCUCAGGUUGCAUCAAUGACUGCAAAAGUGUCCCCCCAUGGUUCCCCCCUUUUUCCUCUACGCUUCACCACCUAGCAACCAGCGCUGCUUAGCAACAAUUCGUCAUACCGACACUGACUUGCAUCCUUUUAGUAUGCUCGCUCUCUUUCACACACGCACACCAACCUGGUUAUUUUUUUUAAGGGUUCACUUGGCAGCUGAAUGUCUGUAUGUGUGUCUUGUGAACCACAUGUUAAUGCCAGAAUGCUCCGUGUGGAGGAUUAAUUUUUUUUUUUUUUUUUUUUAAAUGAAUCAUCACUCAAGUGAAAGCUAUUUAUUAGAUGUCUCUUACUGACAAUUAGCGAAUAAUUAGUUAGGAAUAAAGCACGUUUACAGCUCAAUAUUUAUCGGUCAUGGUCUUUCACUAUUACUCUCAAGUGUAAUUAUAAAAUGUAGCAGUGAAAAGUAUUUUGUUUUUGUUUUUUUGGGUGAAUAUUCAAAUAUAUGUUUAUAUCUUGUGUUUUUUAUUUUUUUUGGGUGUAAAUACAAGCAGAAAAAUUACCAGCAUAACAUUAAUGGUAGCGUAGUUAACGUAAGAUAGAAAUAAUAUUCACACAAUAAAUAUACCUGGUAUUAAUUACUAUAAAAUUAUUAUUAAGAAAUUACAGUAGUAGUCUGUGUACGAAUACAUAAUACAUGGUAGAGAUUUUUUUUUCAGCUGUAAUAUACCUUAAUAUUAGGGAAGGUUGGAAACAUUGAGACUGAUAUCCCACAUAUAAUUUUGUGCCGUAAGAGUAGGAUGACUCAUUGGCCUUCAUCCACCAGCAGCAUCUCUUGACAACAAUUGAUGACAACAAGCCACAGCCACUCUUCCUAAUGCCCUCCUCCUUUUGAUGAUGCAUUUUCCUUCAUGUUUGUUUUACCCUGCUGUAUCCAUUUAAAAGAGGGUGAGCACAAUGGCAGACAAAAUAUUCAGCACGCUUCGCUGUCAUGUAAAUUUUGAAAGUGUAACGUCACUGCAAUCCCCUCAUGUUACAUUCAGUUACAUUUUGAUGGGUAUGAAUCAUACAGUGGUAUGAAAAAGUAUCUAUAUUCUCACAUUUCUGCAAAAAAUCACCAUCAAAUAUGAUCUGAUCUUUGUCAAAAUCACACA